GCCGCCGCCAUUUUACCUUCUGGUCCUGGCCGCACGGCGGAGGCUGUUGUAAGUGGGGGGGGGGCCUGAGCGAAGGAUCGCCCUUGUCCGUGCUGCCGCCAGCUGCCCCUUAUUUCGCUCCCUCUCUCGCCUUUUGAAAUUUCUCCCUCCAUCGCCGCCGUCUCAGCACGACCAUGUCCAAGCGGCACCGGUUGGACCUAGGGGAGGAUUAUCCCUCCGGCAAGAAACGUGCAGGGACCGAUGGGAAGGAUCGAGAACGUGACCGGGAUCGUGAAGAUCGUUCCAAAGAUCGAGACAGAGAACGGGACAGGGGAGAUAGAGAGCGAGAAAGAGAGAAGGAGAAGGAGAAGGAAUUGCGUGCCUCUACUAAUGCUAUGCUCAUUAGUGCUGGAUUACCACCUUUAAAAGCAUCGCAUUCAGCACACUCAACACACUCAACACACUCAACACAUUCAACACAUUCUGCUCAUUCAACACACACAGGACAUGCAGGACACACAUCACUUCCACAGUGUAUCAAUCCAUUCACUAAUCUACCCCAUACCCCUCGUUACUAUGACAUUCUAAAGAAACGGCUUCAACUCCCUGUUUGGGAAUAUAAGGAUAGGUUUACAGAUAUUCUGGUUAGGCAUCAGUCCUUCGUACUAGUUGGUGAGACCGGUUCUGGUAAAACAACACAGAUUCCCCAGUGGUGUGUUGAGUACAUGCGCUCCUUACCAGGACCUAAGAGAGGAGUGGCUUGCACACAGCCCAGAAGAGUUGCUGCAAUGAGUGUGGCUCAGAGAGUUGCUGAUGAAAUGGAUGUGAUGUUAGGCCAAGAAGUUGGGUACUCCAUUCGAUUUGAAGACUGCAGUAGUGCAAAAACUAUUCUCAAAUAUAUGACAGAUGGAAUGUUGCUUCGAGAAGCCAUGAAUGAUCCCCUUCUAGAGCGCUAUGGUGUUAUAAUCCUUGAUGAAGCUCAUGAAAGGACUUUGGCCACAGAUAUUCUAAUGGGAGUUUUGAAGGAAGUUGUGAGGCAAAGAUCAGAUUUAAAGGUUAUUGUUAUGAGUGCUACUUUAGAUGCGGGGAAAUUUCAGAUCUACUUUGAUAAUUGUCCCCUUUUAACUAUCCCUGGCCGUACACACCCAGUUGAGAUUUUUUAUACUCCAGAACCAGAGAGAGAUUACCUUGAAGCAGCCAUUCGAACUGUGAUACAAAUUCAUAUGUGUGAAGAGGAGGAAGGAGACCUCCUUCUUUUCCUUACUGGACAAGAGGAAAUUGAUGAAGCCUGUAAGAGAAUAAAGCGUGAAGUUGAUGAUUUAGGUCCAGAGGUUGGUGACAUUAAAAUCAUUCCUUUGUAUUCCACGCUUCCACCUCAACAACAGCAGAGAAUUUUUGAACCUCCUCCUCCAAAAAAACAGAAUGGAGCAAUAGGACGAAAGGUAGUUGUAUCUACCAAUAUUGCAGAGACAUCACUAACAAUAGAUGGUGUUGUAUUUGUCAUUGACCCUGGAUUUGCUAAACAAAAGGUAUAUAAUCCUCGAAUCAGAGUGGAGUCUCUUCUGGUGACAGCAAUCAGUAAAGCUUCUGCCCAGCAGAGAGCUGGUCGAGCUGGUCGUACCAGGCCUGGAAAAUGUUUCAGGCUUUAUACAGAGAAAGCCUAUAAAACUGAAAUGCAGGACAAUACUUACCCUGAAAUUUUGAGGUCUAAUUUGGGUUCGGUAGUGUUACAAUUGAAGAAACUUGGUAUAGAUGACUUGGUACACUUCGAUUUUAUGGAUCCACCAGCUCCUGAAACUCUGAUGAGAGCCCUAGAGCUUUUGAAUUAUCUUGCUGCUUUAAAUGACGAUGGAGACUUGACUGAAUUGGGGUCCAUGAUGGCAGAAUUUCCAUUGGAUCCACAGCUCGCUAAAAUGGUUAUUGCAAGUUGUGACUACAACUGUUCUAAUGAGGUCCUAUCUAUUACUGCUAUGUUGUCAGUCCCACAGUGUUUUGUUCGCCCCACGGAGGCCAAGAAAGCAGCAGAUGAAGCCAAGAUGAGGUUUGCCCACAUAGAUGGAGAUCAUCUGACACUGCUGAACGUUUACCACGCUUUUAAACAAAAUCAUGAGUCGGUUCAGUGGUGUUAUGACAACUUCAUUAACUACAGGUCCCUGAUGUCUGCAGACAAUGUACGCCAGCAGCUGUCGCGAAUCAUGGACAGAUUUAAUUUGCCUCGUAGAAGUACAGACUUCACAAGCAGAGACUAUUACAUUAAUAUAAGAAAAGCUUUGGUUACUGGGUAUUUUAUGCAGGUGGCACAUUUGGAACGAACAGGGCAUUACUUAACUGUAAAGGACAACCAAGUAGUGCAGUUACAUCCUUCAACUGUUCUGGACCACAAGCCAGAAUGGGUGCUUUACAAUGAAUUUGUCCUUACAACAAAGAAUUAUAUCCGGACAUGUACAGACAUCAAACCAGAAUGGUUGGUGAAAAUUGCCCCUCAAUAUUAUGAUAUGAGCAAUUUUCCACAGUGUGAAGCAAAGAGACAAUUGGACCGCAUCAUUGCCAAACUUCAGUCCAAGGAAUAUUCACAGUACUGAAUUGAGUGCUUUGAACUGAAGUUAUUCAGAGGACAGCUUUAAAAGAUGAAUGAACUCAAAGUUCAAGUUGUGCUCUUCACGUUGGUUCAAUAAUGGCCUUUAUUUGAAAGCUUUUUAAUUUUUCUUUACAGUAAAUAUUCCAUUCUGAUUUCAUAAAUUAAACAUUUAUGCCUCCCUUUUGUGUUGACACUGUAGCUCAUACUGGAAAAGUCGAUCAAUGUUUUGCAGUUUAUUGAAAGUAGUUCUAUAUAUAUAACAAUGUUUUAAGCAUUUCUUUAGAAAUGGUUGAAAAUGCUUCUAAAAUGUGAUUAUCGACCAUGGUAUGCAUGAUCGUUGUAAUUGUUGACAUUCCUUUUAGAAGUUGUGAAAUGUUACAACUUGUGCUUAUGUAGACACAAUCUUCGGUCUCAGUACAGAGGCAAUGACUUCAAUAAAGUCUAUUUAUACUAA